AUGGUGAACCUUAGCUCGGUGCUCUUUGCAGCUGGCUUGCUUGUCAGCCCGCUUGUCGCCGCCUCGGAAGGGAAGAAUGAGCACAGUACGGAGUACUCUUCCGACUAUUCGGUGUCUACCUCAUAUAGCAACACAACCUCUAUUCUCGACAAGAUCCAGGCGCGCGGCUACCUGAGAGUCGGCACAACUGGUGACUACAAGCCGUUCUCGUACAAAGUGACGAACCGAACAGCUCUACCUGCUACACCGGCCAUCAACACUACUUACAUUGGCGCCGAUAUCGAUGUAGCCCAGUCGCUUUCAAAUUCUCUCGGUCUCUCACGUCCAGUCGAGUUCGUUCCCACUAUCUGGACGAACCUCACGACAGAUCUUGCAGCACAAAAGUUUGACGUCGCUAUGAGUGGCGUUAGCAUCACCCUAGCUCGUGCACAAAAGGCCUUCUUUUCCACUGCGGUUCAGCGAGUGGGCAAGGCCGCGUGCGUGCGAUGUGCGGACCUUGACAAGUUCUCAUCUCUGGCGGCUAUUGAUACCGCCGGUGUCAAAGUCGCGGUCAAUCCGGGCGGUACAAACGAGGCGUUUGACCGGGCUAACUUGAAGGCGGCUACCAUCGUGUUGGUGCCAGACAAUAACGCCGUCUACAAAGCUGUCAUGGAUGGCGACGCAGAUGCCAUGAUCAGUGAUAUCAUUGAAGUGGAAUUGCAGGUGCGGUUGCAUCCGGAGGUGCUUUGCAUCGUUAACCCGAAUGCGACUUUUACAUUCGAGGAAUUGGGUUAUAUGGUAGGGCAAGAUAUCGUAUGGAAGCAAUACAUGGAUCUGUUUGUACACAUUCAGCUAGAAAGUGGUGGCUGGAACAACGUCAACCCCAUCUUUGCGUCGGCGCAAAUGGCUGUUUCACAGAUUCAAGAAGCGGCAGGAGAAUCUUCAGGCACUCUUCUCUCGUAUCAAUCUUUUAACCAAGACAGCAAUUCUACUAUACUGUUUAUACAUGGUGCAUUUGUCGACAGUAACGACUGGGAUCUUGUCGUGCCCUACGUCCUCGAUUACCAUCUUCUACUUCCAGACUGCCCUGGACAUGGUCGAUCUUCACAUACACCCUUCUCUAUCGAGGCAUCGGCAAAGCACAUCGCCUAUCUAAUAGAGGCAAAAGCCAUUAGUGGUCAAGCCCAUGUUGUUGGUCAUAGUCUUGGUGCCUCUAUCGCUGUUUGCCUUGCCGCGAACUACCCUCAUGUUGUUCGCUCCUUAUUCGUCUCUGGAUACAGCGCGACCCCCGUUUCCAGUGCUCCAUUAUUGCCAUACCUGCUCUGGGCCUCGAAUCACAUGGAAAACGCCAUCCCACGACCUUUUGUUCGCUGGCUCAUGGAUGGAACUGAUCUCCGCCAUACGUCUAGCGCUUCGUUGUCGCUUUGUAGACAGAUCGCGCAUACCGGCAAUGCUAAGGCGCAGCUGCAGCCGUGGUCUGCACGAACUCUGAUCAUUGUAGCGGGCAAAGGUGGCUUGAUCCCUUCCAAUGAUAGCAUAGAGGCCGCUCGCCAACUCGCCAGAGUCGGAAACGAGAGUAAUACGCAAACACUUGCCUACAUUCAUCCACUCAUGAGACAUCCUUGGAAUCGGCAAGACCCAUCCCUCUGGGCAGCGACCGUUAUGGCAUGGGUCGAAGGCAGAGACCUCCCAGCCGGAUUCGUGCGACUGUAG